AAAAAAGAAAGAGAAAAGAGUGUAAUCUGGGAAUCAGAACAGGUGCCAGAGAUGAUGCUUGUCUCUCUGCACCUCCAAAAGUGACAGAGGAGUAGGAAUAACAAACACCCCCUAACAUUGUCUGAUGCAUACUCCUUCUUCUUAUUGUUAUUAUUUUAUGAUUUAUCAUCUCAUUUAUUUAUUUUUUAUUUUAGUCACCCCGACCACUCUCUCUCUCUCUGAUAGCUUUGUAUGGAAAGUUUAUACCUCUUCUGCCCUGCCAUUGUUUCUUGUUUUCUCCUCUCUCUCUCUCUCUGUGUCUCUGGAUCUUUUUCUCAAUGGCUCCAACGGCUCUCCAGGAGAAGCUGAAUGGAUUGGUGAACUCCAUGUUCGCAGAGGGAUUGUUGGAUGAACAGUUCCAGCAGCUUCAGAUGCUACAAGACGGGAGCAACCCUGGCUUCGUGGCAGAGGUGGUCACCUUGUUUUGCGAGGAUUCAGAGAGGAUACUUGCAGAGCUGACCAAAUUAAUGGAUCAAGCUGUUGUUGAUUACUCAAAAGUGGAUGCUUAUGUUCACCAACUCAAAGGAAGCAGCUCCAGUGUGGGCGCUCAGAACGUGAAACUGGCCUGCAUUCAGUUCCGACAAUUCUGUGAAGACAAUAACAAAGAAGGGUGUAUGAGGGCUCUGAAUGUGGUCAAGCAUGAAUAUUAUCAUCUGAGAAGCAAAUUUGAGACCAUGUUACACCUGGAGAACAGAAUUCAAGCCUAUGAAACUAAACAGCAAAGCUAGAUGGCAGAGUUUCUGGUCCCAUGAUCCCAGUUAGCUUCUUGACUCUUCUUUAGGUGGUUAUAGGACAUUGCAGUAACCAGUAAGACUGUUCAACAGAGAAUACAUUGUGAGAUCGUGUAUGAAGUUCAGUUUCAUAAAUUAAGUCAAAACUUCUGCAGGGUGGCGAACAAUAAACUGUCAUGUUCUUUAUCAUUUGAAAAUUUCUGCUCUAAACUAAUUGAAUCUUUGCAAAAUGAGCCAUAAUGCUUGAUCUGCAUUUCAAGCCAGUGUUCACGUAAUAGUUUUCGGAUCAAGAUUCAGAGGCAAGCUUGUUGGCUUUGGUCCUGCACUUGUGUAAA